GUUUAUCCCUGGCAGGGGUCGAGAAUGCCUGAGAAUGCCUGGUAUGGAGAGACUGUCCUGUCUGGCUGAGAGCCUGGCAAGGGAGGAGUAGCACGUGUAGGCUGCAGGAGCCAUGAGCAUCAGCAUUGGGCAGCCUCCCUCUUGCCUUGUGUCCCCCAUCCACUGGUAGUCACUGUCCCCACCGCCAGUGAAGGAGUCCUCCCGUGGCUCCUCCAAAGCUUUGCUUUUCCCCCUCUACCUAAGAAUUGUGUUGAUAUGCCCGUGUUCAAAUAGGAUCCAGUGUGUGUAGGCGGUGCUCUGGCCCCUGGUACCGGUGAGGAUAUGAUCAAAGGUCCCUUGCCCAGGUUCCAGGGCCAGCCGGUAAGGUGGCUGCCACUGCUACCUGUCAGCUUUAUUCUCUGUGUAGUUAGGAACCAGGUCUUGUCUGCAGUCAGGCCUGGCAUGACUUGCUGACGGUGGCAGUGGCUCUGUUCAGAGAGGGCCAGUGCCACCUGGUCACAGGACAGCAAAGGGCCUGAGGACAUCUUUCUAGGCACCGGGAGGCUUGAGUUGCUGUGCCACUGGUGCCCUAGGGUGUUCUGGCAUCUAGUGAAAGGGUCCUUCGGAGACUUGUGGUUCCAGUUCUGUUUUCUCUGGCGCAAUAGAAGAGACCCCCGUGAGGAAGCCCCCCCAGCACUCAUAGCACCUGGUCAGCCCUCCUGCGCCCUGCUGUUGGCACUGCCCUCCUGCAUUCCUUGGUCUUCCUCUGGGUUCUGGGUGAUUCAGGUCCACAGACUCUUGCAGUGUCAAGAGGGAGGGAUCGCUGGGAAAUUCCCACCAGCAUCUCAGCCUCAAGGAAAUGGGUCAUAUUGUGUCUAGCCCCGAGAAUGCAGGGAUGAGCGUACCGGGGGGCAGUGAGCAGGGUCUGAAAGUUGGAGUGUGUGCCCCACACAGCACUGCCUCUGCUCUGAAGGUUUCAGGGUGUAAGGCCCGCCUGGCCUGGGGGUGCCUGCUGGGGAGCAGCGGGGACUGCGGACGGGGUACCCGCUCUGAUCCUGCCUCUGCUGUGAGUGCAAGUGUGUCCUGGGAGGUACGUACAUGAGUGGGAGUGUCCGGUUGUGGUCGUGUGCACGUGUACAAGUGGAUGGAGGUGGGUAUGAAGGUGUGCGCAGUUACGUGUGCGUUUGAGCCUGUAAACAAGUGUGUGUGAGCGUCAGUGGGAGUGGCCGGAGCGUGUGGGUGUGUGUGUGCAGGAACGCAUGGGCACGCGCGUGUGUGAACGUGGCCAGGGUGAGUGUGGGGUGAGGAGUGUGGGGUGAGUGUGGGCCUCCGGAGGUGGUGGGGGGCAGUUUGCAGGGGAUCCAGGGAUGCCGCCCCACAGCCUCCUCCCUCUGGAGCCCGAGUCGAGGCCCAGUGAGGUCAGCCAGGCCUCGCUGUAGAGCGAGCGGAGCCCCGCGGCCUUCCCGGAGGAGGCGGUUGGGCCGGGCGGGCCGCGCGCAUUCCUGAGCCCUGAGUCAGCGCGGCCGCCCCCUCCGGCCGGGCCCGCCCCCGGCGCGCACGCCCCUCGCUCCAUGGCAUUCCCGGGCGGGCGGGGAUCGGCGCGGGCGCCCUCCCGGCGGCGGCGGCGGCGGCGGCGGCGGCGGCCCCUCCCCGGAGCCGUCCGGACCCCGAGGAGCCCUCGGCGGCGGCGGCGGCGGCCCGCCCUGCCCCGCGCGGAACCAUGAGUGAGGCCCGCAGGGACAGCGCGAGCAGCCUGCAGCGCAAGAAGCCGCCCUGGCUGAAGCUGGACAUCCCGGCCGCAGCGCCCCCGGCCCCGGAGGAGCCCAGUUGCUUGCAGGUAGGCCCGGCCGGGGGGCUGCGGGGGGGCCCCCUCCAGCUUCCUCACUCUGACCCCGCCGCCCAGCCCCUGAGACGUCAGGCCUUCCUGCGGAGCGUGAGUAUGCCGGCAGAGACCGCCCCCGUGCCUUCGCCCCACCCGGAGCUCCGGCGGCCGGGGCUGCAGCGCCAGACGUCCAUCACGCAGACCAUCCGCAGGGGCACAGCUGACUGGUUCGGAGUGAGCAAGGACAGUGACAGCACCCAGAAGUGGCAGCGCAAGAGCAUCCGCCACUGCAGCCAGCGCUAUGGAAAGCUGAAGCCUCAGGUCAUCCGGGAGCUAGACCUGCCUAGCCAGGACAACGUGUCCCUGACCAGCACCGAGACCCCCCCUCCACUGUAUGUGGGGCCGUGCCAGCUGGGCAUGCAGAAGAUCAUAGACCCCCUGGCCCGGGGCCGGGCCUUCCGCGUGGCGGAUGACACGGCCGAUGGCCUGAGUACCCCGCACACACCUGUCACGCCUGGUGCUGCUUCCCUCUGCUCCUUCUCCAGCUCCCGCUCGGGCUUCAACCGGUUCCCGCGGCGACGCAAGCGUGAAUCAGUGGCCAAGAUGAGCUUCCGGGCAGCCGCGGCCCUAGUGAAGGGCCGCUCUGUUAGGGAUGGCACGUUGCGCCGGGUGCAGCGCCGAAGCUUCACUCCCGCCAGCUUCCUGGAGGAGGACACAGCUGACUUCCCUGACGAGCUGGACACGUCCUUCUUCGCCCGGGAAGGAGUCCUCCAUGAAGAGCUGUCCACGUACCCAGACGAGGUGUUUGAGUCCCCCUCGGAGGCAGCGCUCAAGGACUGGGAGAAAGCCACGGAGCAGGGCGACCUCACGGGGGGCGCCCUAGACCGCAGCGAGCUUGAGCGCAGCCACCUGAUGCUGCCCCUGGAACGAGGCUGGCGGAAGCAGAAGGAGGGUGGAGCAGCUGCCCCGCAGCCUAAGGUGCGGCUGCGGCAGGAGGUCGUGAGCACGGCGGGUCAGCGGCGCGGCCAGCGCAUCGCCAUGCCGGUGCGCAAGUUCUUUGCCAGGGAGAAGCGGCCGUAUGGGCUAGGCAUGGUGGGCCGGCUGACCAACCGCACGUACCGCAAGCGCAUCGACAGCUACGUCAAACGCCAGAUCGAAGACAUGGAUGACCACAGGCCGUUCUUCACCUACUGGCUCACCUUCGUGCACUCGCUCGUCACCAUUCUGGCCGUGUGCAUCUACGGCAUCGCACCUGUGGGCUUCUCGCAGCACGAGACCGUGGACUCGGUGCUGCGGAACCGCGGGGUCUAUGAGAAUGUCAAGUAUGUGCAGCAGGAGAACUUCUGGAUCGGGCCCAGCUCGGAGGCUCUCAUUCACCUGGGUGCCAAGUUCUCGCCCUGCAUGCGUCAGGACCCGCAGGUGCACAGUUUCAUCCGUGCUGCGCGGGAGCGUGAGAAGCACUCAGCCUGCUGCGUGCGCAAUGACCAGUCGGGCUGUGUGCAGACAUCGGAGGAGGAGUGCUCGUCCACGCUGGCGGUGUGGGUGAAGUGGCCCUUGCACCCCAGUGCCCCAGACCUUGCUGGCCACAAGAGGCAGUUUGGCUCUGUCUGCCACCAGGACCCCAGGGUGUGUGAUGAGCCCUCCUCAGAGGACCCCCACGAGUGGCCAGAUGACAUCACCAAGUGGCCGAUCUGCACCAAAAACAGCGCUGGGAACCACACCAACCACCCGCACAUGGACUGUGUCCUCACAGGCCGGCCCUGCUGCAUCGGCACCAAGGGCAGGUGUGAGAUCACCUCCCGGGAGUACUGUGACUUCAUGAGGGGCUACUUCCACGAGGAGGCCACGCUGUGCUCCCAGGUGCACUGCAUGGAUGACGUGUGUGGGCUCCUGCCCUUUCUGAACCCUGAGGUGCCCGACCAGUUCUACCGCCUGUGGCUGUCCCUCUUCUUGCACGCUGGGAUCCUGCACUGCCUGGUGUCUGUCUGCUUCCAGAUGACCGUCCUGCGGGACCUGGAGAAGUUGGCAGGCUGGCACCGCAUAGCCAUCAUCUACCUGUUGAGUGGUGUCACUGGUAACCUGGCCAGUGCCAUUUUCCUGCCAUACCGGGCAGAGGUGGGCCCAGCCGGCUCGCAGUUUGGCAUCCUGGCUUGCCUGUUCGUGGAGCUUUUCCAGAGCUGGCAGGUCCUGGCACGGCCCUGGCGUGCCUUCUUCAAGCUGUCGGCUGUGGUCCUCUUCCUGUUCACCUUCGGGCUGCUGCCCUGGAUUGACAACUUCGCUCACAUCUCGGGCUUCAUCAGCGGCCUCUUCCUGUCCUUCGCCUUCCUGCCCUACAUCAGCUUCGGCAAGUUUGACCUGUACCGCAAGCGCUGCCAGAUCAUCGUCUUCCAGGUGGUCUUCCUGGGCCUCCUGGCCGGCCUGGUGGUCCUCUUCUACUUCUACCCCGUGCGCUGCGAGUGGUGCGAGUUCCUCACCUGCAUCCCCUUCACCGACAAGUUCUGCGAGAAGUACGAGCUGGAUGCCCAGCUCCACUGAGUCGGUGGGCUGCUGGGCCUGGGGCAUGCACCGGCAGGCCAGAGCUGCCCAGGCCCACCCCGGGCCUCACGUGCAGGGCUUGCGACCUGCCUGCUGCCGGGCCCUGACCUCUCGUGCCUUGUUCACCCUGGUGAACUUAUUGUGCUUCAGGGCAUUUAUUACACUAGUUCCCACGAUUACCUUCUAACUAGUUUCUUGACGACCACCUCAGGUGGCCAAUAAAUGGACCGGGAGCGUUUUAGCUGCCACUAACUUA